GCACCCCCAGCAGACACCUCCCACCCCAGCACCCAUCCAACCCAAGUCGAACAGCUGGGGGGGAGCGGGGGGAGGUGUCCAAGACGGGGCGGAACCGACCCCGCACCUCAAAAGCCUGCGGGGGCUGCGCCCACCCAGCACGGGCGUCCCCACCCCCAGUUUAACCACUUUGCCACCGGAGCCGUUCGGGCUGCAGCGCAGCGGGAGCUGGGGCGGCCCCGGGGCUCUUCCGUCCCCCGCCCCCCAUCCCACCCCUCCCCGGAGGCGGAAACCGGGGCCGGUCUCCAGCAGGUCCCGGUCGCAGCUGAGCCGUCGUUCCCGGCUGCCAUUUUAAGGUGAACAAAGAGGCGGAGGCACGGGCAGGUGAGCGGCUCCGUGGCGGACGGGAUCCUCCCGGCACCGGCACCGGCACCGGCACCGGCACCGAGAGGGGGAGUGAGCUACAGGUGCUGCCCACCUGUGCCAGGCCCUCCCUGCCACCUCCACCAUGUUCAGCAAGAAGCCCUACGACAGUCCCCCCACGGGCUACGGCGCCCCCACGGGCUACGGCGCCCCCACGGGCUACGGCGCCCCCACGGGCUACGGUGCCCCCACGGGCUACGGCCCACCCACGACUGGUUACGGCUACGACUACGGUGCCCGCUCGCCGCCGCCUGGCUCCUACUACAUCGAGGAUGUGCCACAGCACUUCUACAAGUGGACCUCCCCCCCCGGCGUGGUGAGGAUCCUGCAGGCUGUGGUCAUCCUGCUCUGCAUUGCCAUCUUCGCCUGCGUGGCCUCCACCCUGGCAUGGGAGUACGGCUACGGCUACGGCGGCAUCUACGGCAGCGGCCUGGGCGGGUACUACGGCUCCGGCUACUACGGAGGUGCCCUGGGCUACGGCUCCUCCUACGGGGGGUACUACGGAGGGGUGACCAACCCGCGGGCGGCCAACGGCUUCAUGAUGGCCAUGGCUGUGCUCUGCUUCCUCAGCCAGCUGGGGCUCUUCGUGGGCAGCGUCACCAAGUCCAGGAGCUCUCGCUCCCGGAGGUUCUUCCUGGUGGUGCUGGUGGGCAGUGCCAUCCUGGCCUUCGUCAUGCUCAUCGCCUCCAUCGUCUACAUCGUGGGUGUCAACCCCCAGGCGCAGAUGAGUGGCAGCUACUACUACAACCCUCUGCUGGCCAUGUGCAACCAGAUCUACACCAGCGGCUUCACCAACCAGUACCUCUACCACUACUGCACCGUGGACCCCCAGGAGGCUGUGGCCAUCGUCUGUGGGUUCCUCAUCGUCAUCCUCCUCUGCCUCAUCUGCUUCUUCGCUCACCAGACACGGAGCAAGAUCUGGAAGUAUGGAAAACCAAACAUCUACUGGGACAAGAUGCCAGUGGCCCAGGAGGGCCCCAACGUGGAGGAGUGGGUGAAGAACGUGGCAGACGGUGCCAGCCUGCAGGACGAGACUGCCACCCUUGCCUACUCAGAGAAGCCAACCAGCCCCAUCACUGCGCCCCCAUACAGCCCCCCCUCCUACACCUACCCCCCCCAGAACGGCUACUACCCCUCAGGGACCUACAGCAGCCGGGGCAGCGAGCAGGCAGAGCAGGCAGAGCAGGCAGCCAGCCCCAGCCCAGCCGAGGAGAAGCCUCGGGAGCAGCCCAGCAGAGCCCCAGCCCGCCGCGGGCGCCGGCGCCGCCGCAACCCCGAGCUGGACGAGUCCCAGUACGAGACUGACUACACCACGGCCGUGGAGUCCGGGGACGAGAGGGACCAGCACCAGUGGGCCAGCCUCUACCCCCCCAUCAGCUCGGACGGUGCCCGCCAGAAGUACAAGCAGGAGUUCGACAGCGACCUGAGGCGCUACAAGCAGCUCUGCGCCGAGAUGGAUGGGGUUAACGAUCAGCUCAACCAGCUCAGCAGGCAGCUCGACAGCGUCGCCGAGGACACUCCCCAGUACCAGGCAGUGGCAGAGGAGUACAACAGGCUGAAGGACCUGAAGCGGAGCCCUGACUACCAGAGCAAGAAGCUGGAGACCAAAACCCUCCGCAACAAACUCUUCCACAUCAAGAGGAUGGUGAACGACUACGACAAGCUGAGGGGGUAGCCUCUGGCCCCCUCCCCACAGCCCCCACCACUUGCCCCCCCCACUCCCUCCCCCCUCCCCCCUGUGGCAAGGACUUUGGUGCCUUUGUUUGUAUAAAGGCAGCUACCCCCCCCCCCCCAGUGCCACUCCUCAAACGUCGGUGCCAAGGGCAAGGGGCUGGAGGUGGCUGCUGCAGUGAGCCCCCCCAAAAUGUGCCCCCUCCCACCCCAGCCACUUUGUGCCUUCUCCUCCUGCACGCAGGGCCCCUCCCGUGGGUGUCAAUGUCUCUGGGGAGGGUCUGCAACCUUCCCACCCCCAACCUCUGCCAGCAGCAGGGGCAGGGCCUGGCAGCCCAGUGCUGGGAGAUGAAGCAGCCCUCAGCUGGGCACCUGAAGGGGGGGGCGGAGUCUGCAGAGCCUUGCAGCCCCUCCCCCACACCCAGGCUGCCCUUUUGGGGGGGGGGGGAUAUUUUCUAAGGCAGUGCCUAAAGUGUGGCAUUUUGGGUCUGUUUUUUUAAUAAAUGUUCUGUAUCUAUUGCUUGGAAA